AUGUUCACGAUCGGCGGCACGCUCUCGUCGCUGGCGUGCGGGAGCGUCGCGCGGUACAUGCACGCGGGGCGUCGCGCGUGCCUCCAGGCGAGCGCAGCGUGCGUCCUGGCAGGCGGCAUCCUCCUCUGCGUGUCGUCCUCGUUUGCGAUGCUCUCCUUGGCGCGCCUCCUCCAGGGCAUCGGCGCGGGGAUCGGCGUCGUGCAGGUGCCGCUGUACCUCCAGGAGAUCUCGCCGCCAGCGCUCAGCGGCGAGGUCGGCAUCCUGAACCAGGUCGCGGUCGUGUGCGGCAUCUUUGUGGCCCAGGCGACAGGCACGCUCGUCGUGUCAGCCAACGCGCCGACCUAUUACGUUCCCCAAGUCAGCGCGGUGCUUGCCGCGUGCCAGCUGCUUAUCGGCGCGCUCUGGGCGUGCGAGAGCCCGGGGUGGCUCGAGGGCGAGGGCGCGCACCUCGCCGCGGCGGCGCCCCAGAGCCCCGAAACGAUCCGCAAGCGCCUGUGGGGCACGGCGACGUACGAAGUGCUGCCCACGCCGCCGGACGAGACCGCGCAGCGCACCGCGCCAGACUGGCGCAGAGACCCCCAGCUGCGCCGCGGCCUGUGGCUCGUUGGCCUCACGCAGGCCGCGCAGCAGCUGAGCGGCGUGAAUGCCAUCCUAUACUACAGUACCGGCAUCCUCUCGUCGCUCAUGCCGACGCUCGCGAGCCAGAUCGGGCUCUUGAUCACGGUCGUGAACGGUGCCCUGACCUUUCCGCCGAUCUUCCUCAUCUCGGAAGAACGCGUGGGCCGCAAGGCGCUGCUGGUCGGCUCGGCGAGCGGCAUGGGCCUCUUUUGCUUCGUGCUCGCGUACAGCCUCACGUACGGGUACGCGGCGCUGAGCGCGAUCGCGAUCCUGUGCGUCAUUGCGUGCUUCUCCAUGGGCCUGGGGCCCGUGCCGUUUGUGAUCCUCCCCGAAGUGAUUCCCGCACAGUACGGCUCGCUCGGCUCCUCGUUCGGCCUCAGCGUCAACUGGAUCUCCAACAUUAUUGUCGCGGCCGGCUUUCCGCCACUGCGCUCGGCCCUCGGCGCGUGGGACCGCGGCACGGGCGGCCUGGUCUUUGUCGUGUUUGGCGCCGCGAAUCUCGUGGCGGCAGCGCUGAUCCAGCGCGAUUAUGUCUACUAG